GCUCCUAACCGCAUGGCUUUGAUCGAGUUCGUUUUCAUCCUGGUAGGCGUCUGCGCUGUCUUCUUUUGUGGCAUUAGACUGAUGCGUAUGUUGAUGGUGCUUUUUCCAAAGUUCUGGUACCCACUUCCUGAGAAUUUUUUCACCUCCAUGGGAAAAUGGGCAGUGAUCACGGGGGGUUCGGAGGGAAUAGGACACGCCUACGCACUACAGGUUGACGGGAAACGUCUCGAUGGCUAUUUGCAGUUGGCGAGACAUGGCCUCAACGUGGUUCUCAUCAGCAGGAGCAGAGAGAAGCUGGAGAAAGCAGCGAGGAACAUAGAGAGAUCCACAGGCAGGAAGGUCAAACUCAUCAGUGCGGACUUCACCAAAGACAACAUUUACGGACACAUCCAGGAGAGCCUCCGCGGGCUGGAUGUUGCCGUUUUAGUUAACAAUGUGGGCAUCCUGCCAAGUGAAAUACCUUGCAAAUUUCUGGAAACAACUUACCUGGAAGAGAAAAUACAUCAAGUUAUAAACUGUAAUGUCAAAACCAUGGCGAAAAUGUGCCGCAUCGUGCUCCCUGGAAUGGUGGAAAGAGGACGAGGCGUCAUCCUCAACGUGUCCUCCGGCAUCGCCAAAGUCCCCUUUCCCUUGUACACUUUAUACAUCGCAACAAAGGUUUUUAUUGAGAGAUUCUCACAGGGUCUGCAAGCUGAAUAUAAGUCCAAAAGAAUUCUUGUUCAGACAGUGUCUCCUUUUGGGGUCUCCACAUCGAUGAUGGGCUAUCAAAAAGAAGACCUGAUUACAUUCACUGCUGAGGCGUUCGUUACGAGCUCGCUGGCGUAUCUGAAAGCUGGCGAUCAAACAUAUGGCAGUGUCAGACAUGCAAUUCUGGGCUUUUUUUUCCAGAACAUUCCCAAAUGGGUCCUGACGAGUGAGGCUUUUCAACACAGCUUUCAGGAGUUCGUGAAGAAGAGGGUGGGGGCCUGAGUGCAGCACCUCUGAACUGCUCUGCAUUGCACUUAUUUGGGACUGGCUACUUUUGUUAGCAUUAUUAGAUGAUGAUGUCCCCAUCUGAAACCCCUCACCGGGGACGCCAGCAACACAAAGGAUCAGACUGUCAUAGUGUUUGGUCGACUUGACCGGCACUGAAGGCUUUUUUUUUUUUUUUUUGUAGAAUUAUUCCAAAAUGUACGUACAGUGGUGAGGGACUAGGUGACCCAGCUGGAGAGAGAGAGAGAGAGAGAGAGAGAGAGAGAGAGAGAGAGAGAGAGAGAGAGAGAGAGAGAGAAACAGGAAUAUUGAAACAAUUCUUUUGGUGCACUUUUUAAAAGUUUGUUUAAAACAAAAAUGCUAAUUAACUAACUAUAUUUUUGAAGCACUCGAACACCUGCACAUGCAUCUACAACAAGAUAAUAUGGGGGGACAAAAUGUAUUAGGAUAUAUGGCUCCACCUCGUGGACAUUCCUAAUUACGAUUCAAAGCGUCCGUCUGAUAUUUAGGUCAUUGUACCAUCGGCGCCACUUAACAAAUUUAAUGUGCAUUUGACAACCAUCGCUCGUACACUAGAAAAAGCAUAACCUAUCUUCUCCUUUUCACAAACAGCGUGCACUACUGCCUUUUCCCUCAAAACAGUUUUUACAAAAUAAAACCUAAUAUACAA